AUGGUGGCGGCAGUCAAUGGUCAAAGGAAGGUGUUUGAUCUAUUGGUCCAGAAAGGGUGUGAUCUUUCUGUGAGGGAUGAUAAUGGGAACAACAUUCUUCAUGCAGCUUCUUUUGGUGGUGACAUUCAAAUUGUUGAGGACCUCCUCUCGCGUGACUAUCUCCUGUCUCGUAAUAUUAUUCAUAUUGACAGCAGAAAUAACACAGGUUGGACACCAGUGAUGUUAGCAGCUGUGAAUGGACGAAAAGAAGUUUUUGACCUGCUGGUGAAAAACGAAUGUGAUCUGAAGGUGUUUACUAAGGACAAUAACAACAUGCUACAUGCUGCAUCUUAUGGAGGCAGUGUCCAGAUUGUUGAGAGUAUUCUUUCACGUAAAGUAGCUGACAUGGAGAGUAGAGGAGAAAAUGGUGCAACACCGGUGAUGUUAGCAGCAAAGAGUGGACAAAGGAAAGUCUUCGAUCUGCUGGUGAGGAAUGACUGCAAUUUGUCAGAGAAAGAUGACUCAGACAGAAACAUACUCCAUUAUGCUUGCGUAAGUGACAAUGUACAGAUUGUGGAGUACAUCAUCUCACAAGGCUUAGAUGAUCUAAACAGCAAGGAUGAAAAUGGGCAAACGCCAAUGAUGGUGGCGGAAAAGGAGGGUAGCGAGAAAGUCAUUUCUCUACUUGAAAUCAGAGGGUAUGGCAUGGGAAGGAGACAGCGAACUAGUCGCUGCUGCUUGUGUUGA